UAUGAGGGUAUAAUCCAUCCCCAGGUGUGCCCAGCUGCUCUCAGGUGUGCCCAGGUGUGUCUGUGGGGGUAUAACCCAUCCCCAGGUGCUCCCAGGUGUGCCCAGAUGUGUCCCCCUCCUUGCCCAGGUGCACCAGUGGUGCUGAAACUGCUGCAGAAGGACCGGACGGGCAGGUGGGGCUUCCUGCGGGAGUUCUGCACCCACCUGUGCCUGAAGGGGCAGCUCACCUGCCUGCAGGUGCUGCCCCUGGCCUUCGAGACCCCCACCCACUUUGGCUUCGCGCAGGAACACGCACCUGCCGGGGACCUGUGCGGGCUGCUCACACCUGGGGUGGGCCUGCCCGAGCCGCAGGUGAAGCGCGUGGCCACCCAGGUGGGCGCGGCCCUGGAUUACCUGCAUGGCCACGCCCUGGUGCACCGCGACGUGAAGCUGGACAACGUGCUGGCCUUCGACCCCCAGUGCCGGCUGGUCAAACUGGGCGACUUUGGCCUCACCCGCGUCAUGGGCUGGCAGGUGGGGCCCACCCGUGGCUCGGGCCACGCCCCCUAUGCUGCACCUGAGCUGUGCCACCUGCAUGCAGCGGAGACGCUGCGCCUGGAGCCCAGCCUGGACACCUGGGCCUUCGGCAUCCUCCUUUUCGCCCUCCUCACCGGCACCUUCCCCUGGGGGGCUGCCGCACCCCAGGAUCCCCAGUUUGGGGAGUUCCAGGUGUGGCAGGGCCACACGUGGCAGCCAGGUGGGCUCACCUGUGGUGGAGGGGAGGUACCGCGUGCCUGGAGGGGGUUGGGGGAGGCGGCGCUGGAGAUGCUCCGGAGGCUCCUCCGGCUGGAGCCCGACCGGCGGAGCCACGCCGGGGAGGUGAACAGGUACCUGCACAGUUGA